AUGGCGGCAGGUGUAGCAGCUUGGUUACCCUUCGCCAGGGCAGCAGCCAUAGGAUGGAUGCCAGUGGCCACAGGUCCCAUGCCAGCUGCUCCACGGCAGGAGAGGAAGAGAAGCCAGGACUCUCUGAUUGUGCUGAAUGUGAGUGGUAUCCAGUUCCAGACAUGGCUGGACACAUUAGAGCGCUACCCCGACACUCUGUUGGGCAGUUCGGAACGGGAUUUCUUCUACCACCCUGAGACACAGCAGUACUUUUUUGAUCGGGACCCUGACAUUUUCCGCCACAUCCUCAACUUCUACCGUACUGGGAAGCUUCAUUAUCCCCGCCAGGAGUGCAUCUCAGCUUAUGAUGAGGAACUGGCCUUCUUUGGCAUCAUCCCUGAAAUCAUUGGCGACUGCUGUUAUGAGGAGUACAAGGAUCGUCGGCGUGAGAACGCUGAGCGCCUGCAGGAUGAUGCUGAUCAGGAUCAUGCAACUGAGAGCUCCCUGCCUUCGAUGACAGCUCGGCAGAGGAUGUGGCGGGCCUUUGAAAACCCACACACGAGUACACUGGCUCUGGUCUUCUACUAUGUCACUGGUUUCUUCAUUGCUGUCUCUGUUAUUGCCAAUGUGGUGGAGACAGUGCCCUGCGGGGUAAGCCCGGGUCGCAUCAAAGAGCUGCCCUGUGGAGAGCGUUAUGCUGUGGCUUUCUUCUGUCUGGAUACUGCCUGUGUCAUGAUCUUCACAGUUGAGUAUCUCUUACGUCUGCUGGCGGCCCCUAGUCGCUACAAAUUUGUGCGCAGUGUCAUGAGUAUCAUUGAUGUGGUUGCCAUCAUGCCGUAUUACAUUGGCCUGGUGAUGACAGAUAAUGAGGAUGUCAGUGGGGCUUUUGUGACACUACGAGUCUUUCGUGUCUUCAGGAUCUUUAAGUUUUCACGCCACUCACAGGGGCUGCGCAUCCUGGGCUAUACCCUAAAAAGUUGUGCCUCGGAGUUAGGCUUCCUUCUCUUCUCACUCACUAUGGCCAUCAUAAUCUUUGCCACAGUCAUGUACUAUGCAGAGAAAGGUUCAUCAGCCAGCAAGUUCACCAGCAUCCCUGCAGCCUUCUGGUACACCAUUGUCACCAUGACAACACUGGGGUAUGGUGACAUGGUGCCGAAGACAAUAGCUGGCAAGAUUUUUGGUUCAAUAUGCUCCCUGAGUGGGGUCUUAGUCAUUGCUCUGCCAGUUCCUGUAAUUGUCUCCAACUUCAGCCGUAUCUACCACCAGAAUCAACGAGCAGACAAGCGCAGGGCACAAAAGAAAGCCAGACUCGCUCGGAUUCGUGCAGCAAAGAGUGGGAGUGCUAAUGCCUACAUGCAGAGCAAACGAAAUGGCUUACUGAGUAACCAGCUGCAGCAGUCCUCCGGUGAAGAAGAACAGGCCUUUGUUACCAAAUCUGGCUCUUCCUUUGAAACACAGCACCACCACCUGCUUCACUGCCUGGAAAAAACUACGAAUCACGAGUUUGUGGAUGAGCAAGUCUACGAAGAGAGCUGCAUGGAGGUUUCCACAGUCAAUAGACCCCCCAGCCACAGCCCCUCUCUCUCGUCUCAACAAGGUGUUACCAGCACUUGCUGCUCACGAAGACAUAAAAAGACUUACCGCAUCCCAAACACCACUAUCGCUGGCAGCCGUCCAGGCAGCGUACAAGAGCUCAGCACCAUCCAGAUUAGAUGUGUGGAGAGGACACCUCUGUCUAACAGCCGUUCCAGCUUAAAUGCCAAAGUGGAAGAGUGCGUCAAACUAAACUGUGAGCAGCCUUAUGUCACUACAGCAAUAAUUAGCAUCCCAACACCUCCAGUCACCACACCUGAAGGAGAUGAUAGGCCAGAGUCUCCUGAGUAUUCCGGAGGAAACAUUGUCAGAGUAUCUGCUUUAUAA